CAAUCGGGAAGUCUACUACCAUGAGCAAGCUUAGAUUAGGGUCAGAGUACAUCCCGCUGACGGAGGGCGACAUGUCGAAGGUCCGCCUCGUCGUGCCGUUCUCCCGAGUGGCGUGGUUCACCGUGUUCCUGCCCUUCCUGGCGUUCGUCUUUUGCGUCGCCUGGUCGGUCCUCUACAACUUCGAGCACUCCACCUCCACUCAUUGCCAGGUAUACAAUUUUUUACCAUCUAUCUCGGCGGCCAUAGGUCACUAUAGGCCUCAGAGAGAUGUCUGGAAGACUGCUAUAGCACUGCAAGCGAUAGUGAGAACCUUGGUGUUUACCCUGUAUUAUCGUUACUACAAGGAGCAUGUUUACAAAUGGGCACAAUAUCUAAGUAAUAUCGCGCUCGUUAUGUACGCCAUUGAAAAUACUUCUCUGGUGACACUGAGCUUUUGGACUUCCGACGAGAAUUACGCAUUCCAUAAGAUGUCUUUCAUAACUUUUUUGAUGACGUCGUUUAUACACAUGUUCUUAGCGUAUUAUAUUAUGAAGAGCUGCGUGAAUAUUGCAAAAGGCUUGAACGAUACUUCCUUGAAGUGGAAACGGAGAUCAAUGAUGUUAAAUGUGUUAUCUAUACUAAUAGCGUGUUACUUCUUUUAUAGGCAUAAUAAAUACUGCGAACCUUUAGUGUAUUCAAUGUUCGCCUUGAGCGAAUACGGAGUUGUGCUCUCAAACAUGGGAUAUCAUCUAACCGCCGCAUUGGAUUUUGCUACUACGCACCUUAUGCUAUCAGGAAACAGACUAAGAAUUAUCUAAAAAAUUUUUAAUCACUUUUACAUA